AUGGCCCUUAUGAUUUCAUACAGUGAUAUUGAGAACAAAGUUGUUGAAAUCUUGUCAGUAGGUGGAAAGUACGACCGUGAUCUAAUCAGGAAGAGCCUGAACAAGUACAUUGAUGGUAACAGAAAGAACUUUGUCAUAUUCAUGAACAAGAUCAGCAGCACUCCUGAGGAGACUCUAAAUGAGAUGUACAAACACGUUGUUGAGAAACACGCUGACUUCAUCGUGGAUGUUGAGAAGCAGAACAAUUCGCUGUCAUUCAACAUCAACAAGAAGUCACUGUGCAAGGACAUCGUGACUGCUGUUCUCAAGAAGAAGGAACAAUUUGGUUCAAAUGAGACUGGAAAUGGCCAUACGAUGGUGCUUGACUAUUCCAGCCCGAAUAUCGCCAAGAUAUUCCACGUAGGCCACUUCAGAACAACAAUUCUGGGCAACUUCAUCAAGAACAUUCUGGUAUUCAAUGGCUACAAAACAGUCUCAAUCAACUACCUCGGUGACUGGGGAAAGCAGUUUGGGCUUGUUCUGCUUGGAUACGAAAUGUUUGGAUCUGAGGAGAAGCUGAAGGAGGACUCCUUGAUGCACCUGUUCCACGUCUACGUUGAGGUGAACAAGCACAAGGAGCUGCAGCAGAAGGCACGAGACAUCUUCAAGGAGAUGGAAGAGGGAACAAACCAGAAGUAUCUGGACCAGUGGAAGAUGUUCAGGGACAUGUCGAUUGUCAAGUACAAGAAACUGUACAAGAAGCUGAAUAUCGAGUUUGACGUCUAUUCUGGGGAGUCACUCUACAACGAGCGAGCUAAGGAAUACGCCAACAAGUGCAGUUUCGCAACCAAAGACAGCGACAAGUCGAUCUUCGUCGACCUUGGCCCAGAAGGCGUGACACUGCUUCUAAAGAAUGACGGAACCACCCUCUACAUCACCAGGGACAUUGUUGCAAUUCAGGAGAGGAUGGCCCAGUACAAGCCAAAGGAGAUCAUUUACGUGGUUUCAAGUGAACAAGACCAGCACUUCAAGCAGCUGUUCAAAAUGGCAGAGAUGGAUGGAUACGACCAGAGCCACUUCAGGCACGUGAAUUUCGGACUGGUGAAGGGGAUGUCAACUCGUGAGGGAACAGUUCACUUCAUUGAUGACGUCAUCGAUACGGCCUAUGAAGUAUUCUACGACUUCGUGAAGGACAAGGAGAAUGUGCUGAACAAGAAGGACACUGCCCUACAACUAGCCAUUUCAUUCCUGUUGGUGAAUGACUUUGGAGCCAAACGAAUCAAGGGAUACACGUUUGACAUCAAGAAGCAGGCUACGACUCAGAAGGGACAGGCGUUGGGGCCUACGAUCCAGUACACGCAUUGUAGGCUGGUCAGCAUUGGAGAGAAGAAUAGCAACAUGGCAGCACCAGUUGAGUCAAUCGACUUCAGCAAAAUUCAAGACCAGGAAUUGUGCAACUUGGCCUACAAAUUGCUCUGGUUUGAGAAGAUCAACGAAAUGACUCUCUUGGACUACGAGCCAUCGAGGAUUGUGCUCUACCUGAAGGAUCUUUGUAAUACGAUCAACAGUGCAAUCAACAACUUCAUCGUCAAGGACGAGGAGAAGUCUGUUGCUGCUGCGCGACUGGCUCUGUUCAAGGCUGCUCAGGUUGUUCUUGGUAAUGGAAUCAGAAUACUUGGAUUGCUUCCACUUAAUAAAAUGUAG